AUGGAGAAGCUCAUCUCACAUAGAAGUAACUUGCAAUCUGUACCUCAACUUUACAUAUUACCCCCGGAAACUAGACCCGGCAAUACACAAGUUUUGAUAUUUGAAACCAUUCCUGUUAUUGAUUUUCUGCAACUUGGUACUGAUAGAGCAGAACUGAUUAAGCAAGUUACAAGGGCCGCCCAAGAAUUUGGAUUCUUCCAGUUGAUCAAUCAUGGUGUUCCAGAUACCUUGUUGGAUAAGGUAUUGAAUGUAGCCAAUGAGUUCUUCGAGCUGCCUGGUGAAGACAAAGAAAGUGUAUAUUCCGAAAAUCCUAUGCAAAGCUGUAGAUUAUACACCAGCAUCGAUUAUAUGAGAGAACGGGUACAUUACUGGAGAGACGUUUUGCGACACCCUUGUCAUCCUCUGGAGGAGCACAUCCAAUUCUGGCCUCAGAAACCACCUCAAUAUCGAGAUGUGGUUGGGAGUUACUCAGUGGAAGUGAGGAAGCUGGGUUUGUGUCUUUUGGAUCUCAUUUCUGAAGGAUUAGGACUUGAAUCUGGCUUUUUUGUGGGUGAACUUAGCCAAGUGCAAAUAAUGGCUACAAAUCAUUACCCACUAUGCCCAGAUCCAAGCUUAACCUUGGGAUUACCUAAACAUAGUGAUGUCAACCUCAUCACUCUUCUUAUACAAGGAGAAGUUUCUGGACUUCAGGUUUUGAAAGAUGAGCAGUGGUUAACUGUUCAGCCUGUCCCUAAUGCAUUUGUAGUUAAUAUUGGCCACAUCUUACAGAUUAUCAGCAAUGGGAAGCUAUGCAGUGCCGAGCACAGGGUUGUGACAAACGAAAAGUCUUCAAGGACAACAGUUGCAAGCUACAUCAAUCCUUCCUUCAACUGCCAAAUUGAACCUGCAAAAGCACUUUUGGCUGAGGACUCCAGUGCUCCACUCUACAGAGCUUUUGCUUACAAGGAUUUUCUUCGCACCUAUGUAACAGAUACUCAUCAAGGAGUACCACCACUUGAGCGUUACGCCUUGUAA